GCGCGUCCUGCCGCCACCGCCACACCCCGGAAACAGCUUUCGGGCCUUAGCGGAAGCAGGGCGGAGCUUGGUCUCUUUGGUGCUGGCGGCCGGGGAAGAUGACGAAGGGUACAUCGUCAUUUGGUAAGCGACGAAAUAAGACGCACACCUUGUGCCGUCGAUGUGGGUCCAAGGCCUACCAUCUGCAGAAGUCUACCUGUGGGAAAUGUGGUUAUCCUGCUAAGCGUAAGAGAAAGUACAACUGGAGUGCAAAGGCUAAAAGACGCAACACCACUGGCACUGGUCGCAUGAGGCACCUGAAAAAGGUCUACCGUCGAUUCAGGAAUGGAUUCCGUGAGGGAACCACACCGAAGCCCAAGAGAGCAGCUGUUGCAGCCUCCAGUUCAUCGUAAAGACUUGUUUGUUUGUUAAAAUAAAUGGUCUUACCCAGAAAA